CAAGUCAUCAUCAUAAGAAACACAACAGGGGCCACCCUUGCAAAAUCAUAUCCACACAGCACUACAUAUCACAGCAUCAGCAACAGCAAUGGCCGCCUGGACAAGGAAGGCCUUGGCGAGCUGCGUGCACGGUGGUGCAAUUCGUGACGACGACGACGACGACGAUGGCAUCAAGCAGAGGAGGAUCCCGAGAGGGUACCUGCCCCUGGUGCUGGUCCGCGACGACGACGACGACGGCGACGAAGGUACGAGGGUGCUGGUGCGCGUGAGAGACCUGGAGGAGCCAUGCAUGGCGGCGUUGCUGGAGAUGGCGGAGCAGCAGUUUGGGUACGGGCAACAAGGGGUGCUCAAGGUCCCCUGUGACGCACAGCGCUUCGACCAUGUGGUUACCAUGGCACGCAAGUCCAAGGUUGCUGCUGCUAGGACAUAAAUGGCAGCAUCAUUCUAUCUGCAUGUACGUACGCUGUUCAUUAGUUGCUGCAAAACGGCAUUGCGAUAUUUUUUGUUUCGUUUCAAUCGGCUUCACGUAUUCUAGUUGGGCUUGGAUAGGUGUGCUAAUGCGACGUAAGUCUGCAGCAAGUUUGAUUGCUUAUUACUAUUAUAAGAAUUAUUAUAAGAAGAAGAAGAAGAAGAAGAAGAAGAAGAAGAAGAAGAAGAAGAAGAAGAAGAAGAAGAAGAGAUGAAGACAUAUGAUGGGGCGCGUAAGUGUUGUUUAGUAGAUUUUUUGUAUUUUAAUUUUUGUAUAAUGUUGUAUUGUUGUAACAAAGUCUGGGAG